CGAGUCUGACUCAGUCCCGCAGUCUCUGCAGAACACUGGACAGACCCCGUGACUCAGUUUCUCCAUUCUCUCACGCGAGCCAACAGCGUGAGGCACCCGAGCGGAAUGCGGAGGGUGCCUGCGCAAGCUUCCCCGAGAUGCGUGCUCUCGGGCGGGGCCCCAGGGGCGGGAGGCGAUGCCGCCCAGAUAGUUCCUUCGGGGCGUGCCCAGCACCGGCCUCGGGCAGCCUGAGUGCGCGCUGCCCCGGCGUGGCCAUAGCUCGGCCUGGGAGACUGCCGAGACGCCGCCUGAGCCCCGCCCGGCUGGGGUCCACUCAGGGCGGCCGGCAAGGAGGGACUGCCAAGGAAGAAGCCCGGUACCCGCGUCCCGGAACGGCCCGUGUCCACCGCUGCCGCCGCCUGACGCAAUCCGGGGCACCCUUGCUGCAUGCCUGGCGCUGGGGAAACCUCCCCUGCCCUUGCAUCACUCCUGCCAGAUUCACCUCAGAGCGGGAGCCGAGCCAAUCAGCGGGCGCGCUGGGCCCGGGGCCGGCCGCGCGGGCACCCACUCAGAGGGCGGCGCGGUUAACCGAGACGCCAAGACUGAAAGUAAUUGGCUCAAAGGGGAUUCGCCCCGCCCCAAUCGCAGCAGCAGCUGGCCCCCCGGGGGGCGGGGUCGGGCGGCCGGAGGAUUUAAAGGGCGCCGCUGGAGUGGCAGCUGAAGCGGCUGAGAACGGUGCCAGGCCAGGUGAGCGCGUCCGUCGGUCCUUCCGCGCCCGCGCCGGAGACCAGCCCCGGAGGCCGCUCGGGCCCGUCCCUGAGCCGGGCACCAUGAAGCAGGAGUCUGCAGCCCAGAACACCCCGCCCCCCUCGCCAUCGCCGUCCGCGCAGCCCCCCGAGGGGGACAGCGACCCCCAGGCACUGUGGAUUUUCGGGUACGGCUCCCUGGUGUGGAGGCCCGACUUUGCCUAUAGCGACAGCCGCGUGGGCUUCGUGCGCGGCUACAGCCGCCGUUUCUGGCAGGGAGACACCUUCCACCGGGGCAGCGACAAGAUGCCUGGCCGUGUGGUGACCCUCCUUGAAGACCAUGAGGGCUGUACUUGGGGUGUGGCGUAUCAAGUGUGCGGGGAGCAAGUGGCGGAUGCACUGAAGUACCUGAACGUGCGCGAGGCGGUGCUGGGUGGCUACGACACCAAGGAAGUCACCUUCUACCCCCAAGAUGCUCCUGACCAGCCUCUCAAGGCCCUGGCCUAUGUAGCCACCCCCCAGAAUCCUGGCUACCUGGGCCCGGCUCCCGAGGAGGCCAUUGCUACGCAGAUCCUGGCCUGCCGCGGCUUCUCUGGCCACAACCUUGAAUACUUGCUGAGGCUGGCUGACUUCAUGCAGCUGUGUGGGCCGCAGGCACAGGACGAGCACCUGGAGGCCAUUGUGGACGCCGUGGGCACCAUGCUGCCCUGCUUCUGCCCCACCGAGCAGGCCCUUGCUCUGGUCUGAGGGGCUGAGCCCGCGUGGACACUGUGGGGCUGAUCCCUGGCCCAGUGCCUCUGUCAGACUUGACACAGACACAGACAGGAGCUGCCGGGGAGACCCAGGGGCAGAUGAUGUGUAUGUGGUGGGGAGGGCUUCCCUUCUCAGCACCUGCCUGCCCGCCUGGCUCUCUGGCUGGGCAUUGACUCACUAUUUGAAGCUUUAUUUAUUGCACCAUGUUGGUGUGGCAGGCACCUGCCCUGGAUUUGGGGUCCUGCUGAGCGGGGACCCCACCCUGGCCCCUUCGUUCUGACCAGAUCCCCCAAGCGCUGCUGCUACUAACCGCAUACCCUACAGGCCUUGACCUCCCCAGGGGCUCCCAAGAGCCUUGAUCCUGCAACCUUGCAUCUCCUCUCCCAGACCCCUGAGGCUUCCAGCCUGCUGGAUGUGGCAGGACAGGGAGUGCAGAGAGGGGCCCUGGCAGUGGCUGGAGCUCCUGCCAGCUCUGCCAGUCCACUAGGUGCCCAGGGCUGGUGCCUGGUUCAGGGCCUCUGACCCCUCCCUACUUGUCUGGGUCAUUCCUGUCUGUCCAUUGGUCAAUUCCUGAGCUAUUCAUCCCUACAGACCCUGGCAUUUUCCCCAUCUGUCCCAUCCUCCUACCCAUAAACACCUAUUCCUCCUAUCUGUGCUGUGCUGGUCUGCUCUGCUUUCUUUCGGUGGGGAGGGUUGCUGGAGGAUGAGUGAGGAUGGGGC